AUGGAUCAAGAUCAAAAUCGGCUGUUUCGUCUGCCAUUUCACCUGCCCCACCGUUUGGUAACAAGGAAGGGCGGAGUCUAUCUGGCUGGCGCCCUCUAUGUGCUAGGAAUAUGGCUGUUUGUUGACUGUCUACUGUAUUCAAAGUAUGUCAAUCCAUCAAAGCUGCACGUAACAUUCGUGGAUUGGAUUCCAGUGUUGUGUAGCACGAGCGGUAUGUUGGUUGUCAGCAUGAUCGACAAGAACCGGCUUUUGGAAGAUGCACUCGCGUCGGGAUCGUUCGUGGGGUCGAACCAGCGUGCUUGGCAGGCUCAAAUGGUGCUGUUUCUGGGUUUUGCCUUGCUUGCUGGCGGGUUUGCUGGCGCGCUGGCGGUGCUGGUGCUCAAAUUCCUGGUGAAAGGGUACAACACAUACCCAGUGCUGACCAUGGGCGUGAACAAUGUGCUGGGUAACCUGUUCAUCAUGCUCAGCUGCAUUGUACUAUGGAUGGCGCAGAGUGUGGAAGACGAGUAUUCCUACUCGCUGACUCUGUAG